CUAAAAAACAGAAUUCUCUCUUUUCUCUCGCCGCCGUCGCGAUUUAGACGUUGUUUGCCGCUGCCGCUGCCGCCGCCGAAUUGCACAUUGCCGCUCCGUCUCAGCCGCUACUAUUAACGCCGAGGAGAAACCAAAGCCGUCUCAGUUGGAGGGGUGACCGUUGAUUUUGUUGAAGUUCGCUUGGAAUCAGAAGAGGUAAAAACUAAGAACUGUCACUGAGUCAUUUUGUCGAACACGUCGUAUGCAUGUUUCCUGCCUGUAAUCGCCAGGGUUUCUGUGAAUUUUUGUUCUCUGGGUUACUCUUUUGAGACAGUUUAUGAGGGAAAACAUGGUUCUGUGAAACAGUGAAGGGAAAUAUGGAAGGGUUGGAGUGGGAAGAUGCGUCAGGAGAAUUGAGCGACGAGGAGAUUUACUUGGAAGACGAUGAUGACAACGAAGACCUUCUCAACCUGAGUGGUCAUUCAAAGAAGCUUCAGUUCAGGAGGGAUGCUUCAAAGGCCAUAUGGAACGAGGAUAUGGGAAUGGCCGAGGUGAUUGAAAAGAAAGGGAAAAUGUGGAUUACAGUGGGUAUUGUGCGAGGUGGCAAGACAUAUUGCUCAAUUGAGGAGACUAUAUUUUUGGCUGAAGUUGGGGCAUUACAUCUCAUGGACACCAACAAUGUACAAUUCUCCUUGCAGCGCAUGUACGAGAAGAUUUCAGAAGAGAAGAAUGGUUGCGGCUGGGAGCUUUUCGAGGUUUAUAGGCACUUGAAGUCUCUUGGUUACAUCGUUGGCCGCCAUGGUGUUCCUUGGACCAUGAAGGGUUUAAAGGGUGAGAACAACUCCAGUGCUUCUCAAACCAAUCUAGACAACAACCACAAUGCGGUGGAAGGUGGAUCGAAAGAUGUAUGUUCGAUCACUGAAUUGCUCGGUAGUUUGCAGAUUGGUGGGAUGAAACCUGUCUUUGAUGUUUACCUUCCAAACAGCAAGUUCAGGAAGUAUUCACCUGGUCAACCCAACUUCCUCCUCUGCUUAAUCAGGGACAACAUGCCGCCGUCUAGAGUUAAGAUCGAAGCCCUGGAGAGUCUGUGCGACGGAAUUCCUGUAAAGUGUUGCCAUGUAGAGCACGGCCGGGUAAGCUUUUUCACCAUGAAGAAGGCCGAGCUUCCAGUACUUCCUUGAAUCCGUACCUCGACUUGAAGCUUUUUGACUGAACUGUAAGUUCACACGCAAACCUUAGAAAUUUAUGUAUUGACUAUUGACUUGUACAAUAGUCAUUUAAGAUUCUGUUGGGUUUCUUGGCGUGGAUGAUAUUAAAUUAUAUGUAAAGCAUUUUCUCCUGCCGCCAUGGAUGACUUGUACACUAAUCUACAUGUCUAAGUAUUCACCAUGGUUUCUACUGCUGUAGUGAAUGAAACUGGUAUUUUUUU